AGAAAAUUACUGGAAUACAGUGAGUGAAGUUGGUGGAAGGGCUUUGAAACGCGAGUGCUAUAUAUUCAGUCAUUGCUACGCAUUUUUCACAAACACAAACAACAUCAUGCCAUCAUCAUCAUCAUUACUCGCUCUGUCCCUUGUGUUGCUUUUCUUCGUGUCACGUUCUUUCUCCUAUGCAAAUUCUCGCUUCACUCAUGAUCGUGCCAACCUACCACAAUCACAAGCACAAAAGCACAUAAAAAGCCUUAACCUAUUCCCAAAGGUCCAAGUUAACAUCAACAACGAUGCUGGUUUUGUCCCUGGUGAGAUCGUGGAGAAGAAGUUCUCGUUUUUUGCUGAGUCUGGCUCUUCUGUUGAAGACCUUGGUCACCAUGCAGGCUACUAUUCACUUCCUCAUUCCAAAGCUGCAAGAAUGUUCUAUUUUUUCUUUGAAUCACGGAAGAGUAAGGAUGAUCCUGUAGUCAUAUGGUUGACUGGAGGACCUGGAUGUGGCAGUGAAUUAGCUUUGUUUUACGAAAAUGGUCCUUUUCAUAUUGCCAAUAACUUGUCGCUUACAUGGAAUCCAUAUGGUUGGGACCAGGCAUCAAAUAUUUUAUUUGUUGACCAACCUACGGGUACAGGUUUUAGUUACUCUUCUAGUACAAGUGACUUUCGUCAUGAUGAAACGGGUGUUAGCAAUGAUUUAUAUGACUUCUUGCAGGAGUUUUUCAAGGCACAUCCUGAGUUUGUUAAAAAUGACUUUUAUAUCACUGGAGAAUCAUAUGCUGGACACUAUAUUCCAGCUCUUGCAUCCCGAGUUAACCAAGGAAAUAAGAAAAAAGAAGGAAUUCACAUAAGCCUCAAGGGUUUUGCUAUCGGUAAUGGGUUAACAAAUCCCGCAAUUCAAUACCCAGCAUACACAGAUUUUGCAUUAGAAAACAAAAUAAUUUCAAAGGCUAAUUACGAUAAAAUCAGCAAGUCAAUCCCAGGCUGUGAACAAGCCAUUAAAACUUGCGAAACUCAAGGUGGAAAAAGUUGCGAGAUUGCAUUUGGUACUUGUGUAGGCAUAUUCAAUAGGAUCUUGUCCAUUGUUGGCGACAUUAAUUACUAUGAUAUCAGAAAAAAAUGUGUGGGACAGUUGUGCUAUGACUUCCAAAACGUGGAGAAAUUGCUAAAUCUAAAGAAAGUGAAGAGUGCUUUAGGUGUGAGGAAGGACUUGGAGUUUGUUUCAUGCAGUUCAACAGUGUAUGAUGCUAUGCUGCAAGAUUGGAUGAGGAACCUAGAAGUGGGGAUUCCUACUCUUCUUGAGGAUGGAAUCAAUAUGCUUGUGUAUGCUGGGGAUAAGGAUUUCAUUUGCAAUUGGCUUGGGAAUUCAAGGUGGGUGCAUGCCAUGGAGUGGUCAGGCAAAGAGGCUUUUGGAAAAUCUCCUACAGUGAAAUUUGAGGUUGAUGGUGCAAAAGCAGGGUCUUUGAAUAGCUAUGGACCUCUUUCUUUUCUCAAGGUAUAUGAUGCUGGCCACAUGGUCCCUAUGGAUCAACCAAAAGUCGCACUUCAGAUGUUGAAAAGCUGGAUGGGAGGGAAACUGACUGGAAUAAAAAGAGAUAAUUAGCGUCCUUAUAAUACAUUCUCCUCAACACCAAAAGCAAACAUUUCUCACUAUUUUGUGUACAUGACUUCGUGUAUAAUUUGGAGGGUGGAAUAAAUAUUAUUUUCUCAACUUUAUGAAACUCCUAAUCCUUGUAUUCCUUUUCUCAAUUUGUGUAAUCUUCAAUAUUUUCGCAUGUAAAUAAUGUAUUUUUAAUGUAUAUAGGACUUAAGUUCGAAUUUCGACUAUCUUUGUAUUUUUUUUAUAUUAUCUUUAUCAAAUAAUAAUAAUAGUACUUAU